GGAACGUGCCCGUCUUUUCUGGCCUGGCCGGAAGUUGUAAACGUAACGUUUGUGAAGAGCUUGCGAAGUGUUUAGGCCAGCUUUGUUUCUGAUUUCUGUUGUGAUUUUUAAAGAUUUUUAGGAUUGUUUCAUUUAGUUUGGCCUAGCGUUUGUCGCAUUCACUUUCGUUCGCAAAAUGGGUCGCAAGAAGAAGAAGCAAUCUAAGCCAUGGUGCUGGUACUGCAACAGAGAAUUUGAUGAUGAAAAAAUCCUCAUUCAACACCAGAAGGCCAAACACUUCAAGUGUCACAUUUGUCAUAAACGUUUGUACACAGGCCCAGGACUCUCAAUACACUGUCUUCAGGUUCACAAGGAAGCAAUUGACAAAGUACCAAAUUCAUUAUCCAAUAGAUGUAAUAUAGAAAUUGAAAUUUAUGGAAUGGAAGGUAUUCCCCCUGAAGACAUAAAAGAACAUGAAAAACAAAAGCAAGGAAAACAAGGAAGGGCCCAGUCUCCAAGUAGUGGUGAAGAUGAGCCUAUUCAAAAGAAACCGAAGUCUGAAGGCUUACUGGGUAAUGGACCUGCUCCUGGUCAGAUGAUGCCUGGGCAGAUGAUGCCGGGGCAAGGUCCACCAGGAAUGCAAUAUCAGGGACAGUUUGCACCUGGGCAGUUUGGCCCUAUGGGACACAUGAACCCAAUGGCUCCGAUGAUGGGUCCACCAUUUAUGGCUCCGGGUUUUUCUUCCAGAAUGAUGGGACCAGCUGGGCAUAUGCCUGGGAUGCCUGGGCAGCAGGCAGGUCAGCCCAAUGCACAACCGGGUGGACCUGGAAAACCUCUGUUCCCAAGUGCAGCCAACAUUGCUACCACUAGCUCAUCAGCUCCUGUUGGGGCAGAUUUUAAACCUAUUGUGACAACAGCCCAGAGUACAACAGGUUCAAUUGGACCAGUAAAACCGACCUUCCCUGCUUAUGGUGAUUCCAAGGAAAACAAAGGUGAUGCAAAGGAAACUCCGAAAGUUGCUUUGAUCAACACAGCUACGUCAACAAGUAAAAUAAUGCACCCAUCAGAAGAUAUUUCAUUGGAGGAAUUCCGAGCCAAACUUCCCAAGUACUCAAAAACAUCACCAGUUAAGUCUGAACCCUCAAUAUCAGUACCUGCUCAGUCCCCUGUGCAAAGCCAAGCAAACGAGAAUGAUCAACGAGGAGCUGCAGUGGCGGCCAUGGCUCGGUUCCAGGCUAGGCCACAGAUGGCUGUGUCCGCAGCAGGCCCAGUUCCAAUGGCCCCUGUGAGCACUGCGAGCAUGGGCCUGGUGGGUCCUGGCAUCAUGAGGCACGCUGUAACUCUCGGACCGCCCAUCUCUCAUGCCCAAAUGCUGCAUGGAGGUAACAUGAACAUGAUGCGACCCGGUCCCCCCAUGGGGAUUCACCCAGGGUUGAUUGGACCAGCUGUGCCUCAGGGUCCAAGUAUGCAGCAGAUGCAGCACAUGCAGCAUAUGCAACAGAUGCAACAAAUGCAACAGCACAUGCAGCAGCCGAUGCAACCCCACAUGCAGCAGAUGGCAAUGCAACAGCAUAUGCCUCCCCAUAUGAACCCGUAUGGUGGGGGCCCUCCAAUGGCUUUCCCGCCCAUGAUCAUGCACCCACGCUUCAGAUGAUCAGGUAUCCCAGGGGCAAUUCUGUUUCUAGGAUUCAACCCCUGACUGCUAAAAGUUAAUUAGUGUGGCUGCCUGUCAAUGACAUUUGCUGGCUGGUAAUUUAUAACUUGUCAGGUAAACCUCUAAGGUUAAUUUUAUAAUUUCACAAUUCUUCUUUAUAAAAGAAUAAAUCUGACACAAAAAGAUGAUCUUUAUUUGCCCCACAAUACCUGGCAGAUGUCAGCCCAAAGUGCACCAAUGUUGUCAAAAGUGUGUAUAAACUAAAGUUUUUUUUUUUUUUCGUUUUUUUUUGAGGACCUAUGGGAUUUAAAGACAUAUACGGGUUGCAUUAAGGCAUUGAAGGUGAAGCAGGAACGAAUAUAUUUGGUUCUUAAUACUGACUCUUCUUAGUUACAAAAGGAAGGUGUGUUACUUACAUGCCCUGGAUAACCUUCACCAAGUAUAUCUGCGUGCAGCUCUCAUCAACCCAGGUUUGAGAGAAUAUCUUUCCUGCUGGUCCUAAGAUAUGCACAGCUGUUAAAGGGGUGUUUUGACUUUGCUCUGUGAUAAACCUCCAAUCAUCUCAGGUUGGCAUGAUUAUUUUAACCUUUUUUAAUUUAAGGCAAUUUAAAUGUAAAGUAUUCAUUUUGUCUUCUUGUGUAAGUUUUCCCCUUUUACACUAAUUGUGAAUGAACCUAAGGUCAUUACAACAUUGCUCAACCUGCUUUUGGUUGGGGUUUAUUAUAGCAAUUUAGUAUGAGUGCAUGCCGAAUAUUCUGGCUCUGUGGCACUCCUGCACCGCUUUCCCCAACUGAGUGAUGUACCUGGCAUUCAGCUAGUUAUAUGUUAGUUGAAUUUCAUUUUAAAUAUUUGGUAACUAGUGGUGGUGUUGUAUCGUUUGUAUCGUUAACUGAUAAACCCCUGGUAAAAUUGUCUUUGUUUGAAAUGCCUUGAAUUCAGGGGAGGUGUUUCUGAAAACGUCUGUUUACAACUAGUAGAGCAUCUCUUCUUCAGUUAACAGAGCUCAGGCAAGUCUCCUAACGUUCAAUAGUACACGGGCCAGUAACAGGGAAUGUCUAGUUCAGACAUAACAUCACAUGAUAAAAAUGUAAUUGGAUCCUGGUGUUGGCCUCAAGUAGCUGGGAAUGUCGCACAGCUCUUUCUGCUUGUGUGCUGUGCAGAUUGUAAUUAUUCUUCCUGCUAUUCAUGUUCAGUAGAUCUUGAGUAGGGCUGUGUGGAUGACUUCCAAUAAAGUUUCAACGGUUUCAGUUCAAAAUCAAUUUAAUGCAAUGAGGAUUUGGCUUAAUUUUUUUUAUUUGGUCAAGAACAUGAAGUAUUAUUAUUAAUUUGUUUGAAAGAACGUUUGCGCAGCCCUAUGCAGAAGGCAGCUUGGUUGUUAACUGUGUGGCUAAUAUAGUAAAAUUGUCAUUUCCAAUUAAGCAAGAGUUUCAAUUGCUCUUUCUGCAAUAUUAAAGGUAAGGCAAACUUUUUUUUUCUGAAGGCCACUCUCUGAAACACUUUCUAUGAAGUUUGCCCUUCAACAGGUAAGAGCCAAUUCGCUCCUUUAGAUUAUUUGUUUCUGGACUGUCCUAGUCACAUUCUCUUUCUGUACCAUCUUGUGAUGCAUUAUUAAAAGAAUUUAUGUCUAGAUCUAAACUGUUAAAAUUUUGGACUAUUACUGAGUGUUACCUUUAUAUUCUAUGAAUUUGCGUCUCAUUCAAUUAACUACAAUAUUCCCUUUGAUUCUUUAUCUACACUUUUCUCUCAACUUUUGGAUGGCUAGUGGAGAAGAUAGUUGUGAAAUUUUAACUUGCAACAAAGCAAUUGCAUCUAUUUCCCUCCAAGACCAUAUUCCAGCCAUUUACCAGAGGAGCAUAGUUGCAUGAAAGUGGCGCUUGUUUUUAUUUUGGUGGAGGGAAUGUUUUUGGUCUAAUUCUCCUCUUAUUCCAACAUUGCUCUCUUCAAAGCUCGGUUUGUCAAUGCUUUUGCUCAAAGGCUCUUAUUUGUGUUUUGUUAUUGAUUAAUAAUAUGGUAGUGUCCAGGUUUGGCAGGAAAACAAUUUGAUUUUUGAAAAAAAAAAAACUUAACAUGUUGAGGGCACUUGGAGGAGGCUACUUUUCAUUAAAUUAGCUUCCUGAAGCUUAAAUCGUUUGUUGAAGUGGAGGGACUUGCAUAAAGAUGUGAUAAUCUCGUUUUUCUUCCUCAUCCUCUGGUGAAGAAGAUACUUUUCUUAAUUGAUUAUGAAGUUACAUUUUAUAGACACUGGCCCAUGUUAUCUGUUCCCCUUGCAUUUACUGCAUUGUCACACUUAAUACACCCAGGUAAGGUGUUUUCACUUAAUCACUGCAGCAGUGCUAGCUCACAUCGAGCAGGGUAAAUGUAUGUAUUUUAAGGUCAAAAUUAAGUACUGUAUUUUAUUUUAUUAUUUGCAAUUUUUUGGAGACUGUCAUGUGUUGCCAAUCGCUAACUUAUCUAAAAAAUUUAAAUUAUUUUAAUGAAAUUAUCUGCUAUCUAAUGCACUCACUACUGCCAAUGUUGUAUCUGCUUUAAACCACUUGAACAUUUAAAAUGUUUUCAGAAUUUUGUACCUUUAAACGCCUGUGCUCUAUUGGUUAACAAAAAAGAUAAUAUGGGCAUCACAUACCAGUCAUACUGCACGCUCAGUGCUGUGGAGUGCUCAAACAGACUUGCUGUUUCCGUUUUUGUUUUUUGAAGGGAGGAAGAAAAUUGUUUUGCAUUGUAGGGCUGUUCUUUCUUUUUCAUCCACCAUUGAAAGGUGGGUUUGGCACAACAUUUGCUUCCAUUUCUCUUCACAGCGGUAACUUACACCAUCCAUUUUGUGUUCUGUGAGUACAAGCCUACUUUUUUUCUGUAUAAACUUUUAAAAACCAUAUUGUGAAGUUAGCAAAAAAUUGCAAAGGGUGCUGUUUCUUUAAUGCAUGUUUAUGGUUGUAUCAUUUCAAGUCAAGAAUGCUGAGGUAAAUUUCUAAUACAUCAUGACC